CUUUAUUCGAUGGCGUAGACGUGCGAUAAAUGGUGAAACGGAACAUGGAGAUUGGACCACUUGUUUACUGGAUGGUGAUACAAUGCAGUCUCCAUGUUGCAUCAUCACCAUGGACUCCUUAUCCAGAAACAGCAAAUAAGCACAGCAAAGAUGAGAAUAGGACAUUAAUAAGGCGUAAUAAUUUUAGCGAUCAGUUACCGAAAUUUAAUCCACAGUUAUAUAGCAAUUACAGAGCUAGAAGCAAAACCCGCUCAGACGAUGACUACAAAAAAAGUUUGUUCAAAAUACAAAAAAAAACUGCCGACUUUGUUGAGCAACCAUUUUUAUCUUCUAACAUCGAAACUCCCGGUCUUAUCGAAGAAAAUGCUUCGCACGAAUAUGAACCAUCACAUGAAUCCCAAAAUUUACCUGCAUUUCAACCUUCCAUAUUUCAAGACGAAAUCCAUGAAUUCAUUCAAAAAAAAGAAACAUACAACGAGCAACUACAAAAGCCUUUAAAUGAAGUAAGUAAUGAAGCUGUAGCAGAGAAUAGACUAAACCAAGGGGAUACUUUACAAAGUAAUAUCACGGUCACAGAUAAAUCUGAAACAUUGAUUACCACAUUAGCUAGUGAUAAAAAGAUCAAUGAACCACCCAAGACUAACCAAACACCAAUUGAUGAAAAAAUAUUUUUCCCGCAAAACUUAACAAGUAUAUACAUGGAAGAUUUAUGUGAGAAACUGCGAGGUACCAUAUACGAAACAUUGUUUUGCGUUCUAUCUGAACAAGCUCGUAAAACGACAACACCUGAAAAUUCUGAGAAUAACAUUGACCGUACAACUAAUAAUAUUGAAACAUCAACAGAUGUAAACCCAAUAGUUGAAGAUACUGGCAAAUCAAUAGUUGACGAUAAAAUAACAACUGAAAAAAUUGAGGCAGAAACUAAUGCUUCAACAAUCGAGGAUCCCCAAAAACCCGCGAAUGACUCGACACAUAAACCAACACAAGAUCCAACGCAUGAAGAGAGCACUCAGUUUACUACUAAGGAUGAAAUGACCACUGGAACAACGACAAACGCUGACAUACCAGUCAUACCAAUAGACACAAGCAAGGAAACAGAUAUACAAGUCAAGGAUUUCCAGACGUCUACAAAAGACUCAACUGUAGAGCCAAACACUCACGAACCAAUUACUGAAAAUAAACCUACGGAUGUAAACACUUAUGCCCCAACAGAGUCCACAAAUAAUAUGCAAACGGAUAAACAGAACACGGAGCCCACCGUACAAGCUGACCAACAAAUGGGUGAAAAAACCAAUGUGCCUACGAAUGAAACACCAACACACAAAGCUACUGAAGAAUCAGUAACCGAAAAUACCCGUCCACCAAUGCACGUGAACAUUAGCACGCCAAUUCCCGAGCAAACCGGUACCGAAAAUGUAGCAAAUGAAAGCCAAAAUAAGCCAGAUCUAUUAAUCUACAAGCCAGAGGAUUCUCAAGCAGUUAUCUGCGUAAAAUUGAUCGGAACACAGUUCGAGACGCUCUUUUGCCCUCCGCAUCCGUUCAUCCAGUCGCCUUAUGAUCAUACUCCUAUCCCACCUCACGAACAAAUUAAUAGACCAUCUAACACAGAGACGCAAUAUCAUUACCAUUAUCAUUAUCACAACCAUAACUCUAGGCCACAGUACGACGAUUUACCAGGCAAAGACGGUAGUCAACCAUAUCACAUCCAACUACAAACCGAACCAUUACUCGUACACGAAGAAACUACGGAGUCAUCACCAAACGUGCAGGAAGAGCUACCACAAAACGAGAAACUCAGCGACGAAACGACUACAGAGACACCAUACGAAAUUUCCCAAGAAUCACCAUCACCAUCGGAUUAUGCCCCAGAAUUACCCGAUUAUAACGACGAUUAUAACGUCCAACCCCUAGAUGAGCCUACGUGUCCACCACCCACUCAAACUUCCGAAGUCAAACCACCAGAAGAACCACCAGAGUAUGACAUACCUGAACAUACCCCAAAUCCACCCUGUGUGUGCCCUGAACACAGUCACCAACCACCACAAGAACAUGCCCAUGAAUGUAAGGAACACACUACACCAUCACAGGAGCAUAUCCAAGAACCGCCGCAUGAAAUUAACACCCCACAGCCAGAACACCAAAAUGUACCAUCAGGCAAGCCAUGGUACGAGGAAUCAGCCGAUGUCCCUAAACCACCAAUCGAGUAUUACUACGAAAUGCCAGAAGACCCAUCCUACGAUCCUCCACACGAGUAUAACCAGAAGCCACAUUUCUUCGGGAAGAUAUACAAUCAUUUUAAAAAGGGACUUCAAGGAAUACAUAAAUACAAAAAAAAAAUAUUCGACAAUAUUCUGUUUGGGAAUCAACAGUGCCGUAAGUGUUUUCCGUGGGAAUUAGGGUUACAAAAAAAAUGGACCCCAGUAUCAUAUUGGGGCAAAGCUCAUGGAAAUAUCCGAAUGCACCACAAGUUACCAUGUUGUCAGAAUCUACGAAACGGUCGCUAUUAUUUAUACCAGAACUACUAAUAACUAAGUUGUAUAUAAUAUUAUUUUAUUUAUGUUUAUUGUAAACAAAAAGCAGCUAAGAGUGUGCCAAGCCACGCUUAGUGUAGGGUUCCGUAUAGGAUUACUCCCGAUCUUCCCCAUUCUGUCGUUUAGCAAACUUUAAAAGCGAAUAUUAAUUCCCAAACUCCGCCACGGCAUUUUAUUAAAAUUACUAAUCACCUGAGUCACGGGGAAACCUCUUUCCAUACCCGGUUCAAACAUAGCCCAUGUUCAGCGAGAGAGUGUAGCUUCCUAAAAGUGAAAGAAUCAUACAAAUCGGUUCAGUAGUUCCGGAGCCUGUUCGCGUCAAACAAUUAAAUCUUUCCUAUUCAUAUACCUAUUAGUAUAAAUAAAUAUUACAGUAUAAAAGGUACUUAGUUUCAUUCUACCACACGAAUAGUUUUAAAGAUAAAUAGUUUUGUUUCCCAAUCUUCCUCACAUAA